AUGGCCAAUGUCCAACGGGCGGUGAUGUGCGUCGCGCUCUGGGCCUUCCUGCCCUGCGGAGCCCGAUACUGUCUGACGCGUUGCUGUGACACCACCGAAAUCAAGCAAGCCGGGGAUGAACUCACGUCCAGAGCCGAGAGGCUGAAGCGCAUGCCCACCCCGCAGGACUGCAAAGCCUCCUCCAGUAGGCCUGUGAACCAGAGGUCCACCUCACCCUGGACAUAUGAGGUAGACGAAGACGGCAACCGCUUCCCCGCCCGCCUCUGGCAGGCCCGCUGCGACUACCCCCGAUGCAUCGACUUGACCUCUUCAGCGGCGGGCCAGGACAGAACCAAAAUAAACCAUCACGGCAACUCCGUCACUGUCGAUUACGUCACCAUCGUUUUCUUCCGGAGGCAGUGUAAGGGAGAACCCGGCCGAUUUAAGCUGGUACCGGAACCGUACCAUGUGAACGUCUCAUGCACGUGCGUGGUCAAAGAUAUGGCCUACUGA